CGGAGGAGAUGGCAAUAAUCCUAAAAAUGGUUCUUGAAAACUAACCUCUUUUGUUGUUUUGUUGUUGCUUUUUAUCAACUUGUAUCAGCUGAUCCUUUAACAACACGGCUAGCGGUAAACAUCAGUAACAGCCAAUGACAUUGCAAUGGCAAAUGCUUAUGCAUAAGUCUUUGUUGUUGUUUUUUAACUAUUUUUUCAUUUAACUAAGUUAAGAAAGAGAAUAAUCAAACAAAUGGACCAUUUGAUAUUUGUAAAAUUGAAUGUUAUGUUUAUUGUUUACAAUUUUAUUGUGGGUUCUAUAAAAGCUUUAGAUGUAGCUCCUGUCUUUCAUUAUCAAUACCAAACCACCAAAUACACAAUGCAUACGGAAUGGCCGAUUAAAAGGCAAUCACCUGGAUUACCGCAAAGUUUAAUAGGUGAUAACCAUCACCACGAAGGCGGUGACAAACAUGGGCAGCAGAUAUCCUCUGCAGUGGCUCAGCCACAAUCAGCAACUUUUUAUAUAGCACCCAUGGCCGCCGUGUCAUUAUUCAAACCUCCUUUAGCACCACCAACACUAAAACCUUCUGGGAAAUCUGUUGGUACCAAGGCUCCACAGGUAUUUUUUAAUCCCUCUUCAUCAACAUCACAAAACACCAUGUUCCCCAAUAAACUAUUUCCAUCGGAUAACGAAGAAACUCUUAAUACCAAUUUAACACCUCUGAAUCCCGCACCUAUGCUGAAACCAAAUCCCUUUAUCAAUCAUCAGGGUCAACAAAUACAAUUUGCCAGCACAAAAGCCAGCAAUGGGGCUAGCGAUGGUGUCAGCAGUAACAGUUUCGCCAAUAAUAAGGGUCUGCCUCAACGCCAGGAGGAGGGAUCGUUUUGUCGACGCAGUUUUGAUGGACGCAGUGGUUAUUGCAUUUUAGCCUAUCAAUGUCUGCAUGUCAUACGUGAAUAUCGGGUGCAUGGCACUAAAAUCGACAUAUGCACAUAUCGCAGAAACAUACCGGUGAUCUGUUGUCCGUUGGCGGAUAAACAUAUCGAUGAUCAGAGGAUAAGUGCCCAAAAAUGCCAGGAAUACCAUGAAGCGGUUAAAGGUAUAAAAUUGGGUAUGCCAAGAAAAUUAUCAGGCAAAAUGUGUGUUUCCAGUGUACCUCUUAUUGUUGGCGGACAAGUGACCCGUAGUGAAGAUUAUCCUCAUAUGGCUGCCCUGGGAUGGACUCAAAGUGACAAAGAACUAAAAUGGGGAUGUGGUGGUACUUUGAUAAGUGACAAAUUCGUACUAACAGCAGCCCAUUGCGCAACUUCUGGAGGAAAACCUCCCGAUAUGGUACGUUUGGGUAGUCAAAACCUUAAUGAAACAUCCAAAUAUCAAAGAGAUAUUAAAAUCUUGAUUAUUAUCCUGCAUCCCAAAUAUCGUUCUUCGUCCUAUUACCAUGACAUAGCCCUCCUAAAGCUGACCAAACGUGUACGCUUUUCAGCCACCAUACAACCAGCAUGUCUGUGGCAAUUGCCCGAAAUGGAAAUGCCUUCGGCCAUUGCCUCAGGAUGGGGUCGCACCGAGUUCAUGGGUCCAAAAUCGAAUGAUUUGCAAAAGGUCGAUUUAAGCAUUAUCGAUCAGAAGACAUGCAAGGAUAUUUAUCGCAAAGAACGUCGUCUGCCGCGUGGCAUUAUAGAGGGCCAGUUUUGUGCUGGCCACUUGGAAGGCGGUAAGGAUACAUGUCAAGGUGACUCGGGAGGACCACUUCAUGCCGAAUUGCCAGAAUUUAAUUGUGUGAAAUUUGUCAUAGGCAUUACAUCGUUUGGUAAAUUUUGUGCAGCACCAAAUGCUCCGGGAGUAUAUACGAAAAUUUAUUCCUAUCUUGAUUGGAUUGAAAAAAUUGUGUUUCGUGAUUAAACAUUAUGUGUGAGUGUGUGUGUGUGUGCAUCAGUAAAUGUAGCAUAAUAAGAAUGACCAAAUAUAGUUUUAACAAUAAUUUCAAAUUCUAUUGAUAAUGCC